GCUCCGCUGGAGUAAAUGCAGGUCAAUCCUCCAUGUGCAGCCAGGCCGAAUCCAAUUACCCGGCUGGCGGGAGGGCAUUAGCUGGACGCCCACCUGACCAGCCGGGCCCAGAGGGUUAAUGCUCCGUUGCCGCCUCCUUCUCCUCCUUCUCUUCCUUCUCCUUCUCUACCACAGCUGUUGCUUGCUUUGCUCCCUCGGCCGCCUUGGGAAGAACUAGAGAGCCUUUUUGCGGUGGUCCAGGUUGGCUCGGCUGAAGAAUGGAGCAGCAGUCCUGGGCUGAGCCACGGUCGGCCUCGCCAUGAGGCCUUGGGCCACUUGGUGCCAGAGCUUGGCUUCCUGACAGACACCUGUCCAGGUGAGACAACGUGGGACCACAUCCCCAACUCCCAGGAAACCUGUGGCAGCGGCCUUGAACUCGCAACUCUCGUCCUGCAUGUGAGAACAGCUCUCCCCAAACCCGGGCCGCCCGGAUGCGAAAUAUGCCGCCAUUGACAUGUGGAGUUCUCCUCCUUGCUAUCAACAUGUUCUUCCUUUGCCACAAAGUGGUAGCCGACCAGUGCAGCGGGGGCAGCAACAUCUUCACCGAAAUCCCGGAGAACAGUCCACACGGCACUUUGGUCUCCCACUUGUCGGUGUUUGGCGACCCGGAGAGCAGCACCGUGCAGCUGACCUUGAGUGGCAUGGAUGCCAACUGGUUCUACCUGGAUGGGAAGACGGUGCGGUUGAACGCCUCGGAGGAGAAGGUGCUGGACAAAGAGGUGCUGGAAACCCCUGUUUUGAUGGUGUCCUUCACUUGUACGGAAGAUGGUUUCUCACCGGUCGAAUACAGGAUCAUAGUCCAAGUGAUGAAUGAGAAUGACAACAAGCCACGCUUUCAUGAAGACAGCAUUAUGACCCAGAACAUCAGCGAGCUGGCGGCUGUUCACUCAGUGGUCUUCAGCACUCAGGCGGAGGAUGCCGAUGGGGACACCCUCAUGUACGUCAUUGACAGCACAUCGGCCGAUGCCAGGUACUUCCGGAUCGACCUGCCCAACAGCGGAAAGAUCGUCCUGGCCAGAACAUUGGAUUUUGAGACCAAGAGGCACCUGGAAUUCGUGGUUCAUGCUGUGGAGAUGAACACCAAGGAGAGAUACAACUCUUCGGCCAGGAUCCGAGUCAAUGUCCUGGAUGGAGACGACCAGUAUCCCCAGUUUCUGCCAUGCAACGUCCUGUCACAUGAUGGUACCAGUGUGUGUGUCAGCCCCAUCUACACCACAAACAUCACGGAAGGGGAAAUCAAGACAGAACCCCUCCACUUCCUGCCUGGUGCCAUCCAUGCAGAAGAUGGGGACAGAGACCUGAGGACACCCGUUGUCUACUCCAUUCUUGCAGGGACCGACCAUGGCUACUUCCACAUGGACAACCUCACCGGGGCCAUCACCAUGUUGCGGCCAGUGGAGAGCCGGAUCUCUACUCCGGUGUAUAGCUUCAGCAUCAUGGCCUUUCAGGUGAAUGAUGCCAAGAAGUAUGCUGUGGCGGAGGUCCGGGUGAGGGUCCUGGCAGCCAACCACCAAGCCCCGCACUUUGGGCAGUCUCAGUACCAGGCCUUUGUCCAUGAAGAUGAGAACAUCGCCUCCUUGGUGGUGACCUAUAGCGGGAGAGUCUUAUUCCUGAAUGCCAUGGACAUGGACUUUGCUGAUGGCUUCAACCCCAUGGUGCGCUACAGCCUGAAACGCCAAUCCAACCAUACCCGGCUCUUUCAGAUGACUCCUGGAGGCCUUCUCAUUGCCCGCUCUGACCACCUGCGUGCUUUUGAGCAAUAUGCCUUGCAGAUCAUUGCACGAGAUGAAGAGUCUGGGGAAACCACCAAUACUACGGUCAAGGUAGAAGUGCUGAGAUUCGGAGAGGAAGUUCCCCUGGAUCCUGCAGACGCAGAGCACCAAGGCAGGCUGGAUGCUGGGAUCUUGGCUGGUAGCCUUGGGGCGCUGCUCUUGGUGACCGCCAUCGUCCUGUUUCUCAUUCUGCGCGCCAUGAAGAAGAGGCAACGCCACCAGCAGAACAUGGAGCGGGCAGCCCUGGCCAUGGAGAAGCACCCCAAUGUGAGCUUAAAAUGGUUCCAGCCGGUCAACGCUGGGAAGCCACUUCCCAACCCAGGGAACAUUUAUUUCCAGAAUGAGGGCUACAGUGACCUGGGUGACGAAUUGCCCAUGACCUACGGAGGACAGACCGUGAACUACAACAAGCAGACUUCCAUGAGGAGCGAGAAAAAUGUGGCAACCAGGGACACUGUGGUGGCAAACUCUGUGGUAAAGUUGAACAACCAGGGAGGCCAGGAGCAAGAGGAGGGGACCAAAGCAGCUCUCCUCAAUGGCAAGACCCUCGAGCAGCCAGGUAGUAUCACUCCAUGUCCAGAAGAAACAGCCUUGCCAAUGGACUCCCAAGUGGGAGAGGCCCUGGUGGAAGCCCAGCCCCUGGUAGAGGCCUUGGUGGAGGUCCAGGUGGUGGGAGAAGAAGACAAGGAGGUCCUUCUUUCUGAGACCUCAGAGAGCACUGAGGAAGAGCAGGUGGAAAAUGCCUCUGGGGAACCGGAGGAAGCAUCUCUCCAACCUCAUUUGCCGGAGGAGGAGAAAGAAGCUUGGUCUUCACAGGAAGGCAAGAUGGAAGCCAAUGGAGACACAAGCCCAACGGAGUCUGUUCCUGAAAAUUCACUCACUGAUAGUAACUGUCUGGACAGUGAAGGGGUCAAGGAGCACACAAAUCUCACAGAAGAGGUCAACGGGAGUGCAACCACUUCACCCGCCACCUCUGACAUCAACACCACAGUAGACCCGGAAAUCAAUGACACGGCCAAUGUCACCGAUACAGUAAACUUGGAAGUCAACGACUCCCUGCCCCGAAAGGACCCUGUGACCCCGCUGCUGACCCUGAAAGAGCUGCCCAAGCAGCAAUCAGAAGAAGAGGAGGAGGAGGAGGAGGAGGAUGGGGAGCUGACUCCCAAAGCUAUGUCGCCAACGUAUCAAGACCCGCUGGCAUCACUGCCCGUCAGUGAUGUUAGGAUGCCAGUGACUCUUUUGCAACUUCUGGAAGACUCCAUAGAGUGCUAGUCUGCCCCGGCUCCCCUUUUCUAUGGGGCAGGGCCAGAGAGACUGAGGACGGACUGCAACUCCUCAACACAGAGAAGGUGGACUCUUGUAUGGUCUUGAUGGGCGUUUCCCGGAUUCCAAGACUUGCGUUGAGGCUGUGAGGACUCCAUUUCUGACAAUAAUGCACAUUUUUGAAAGAUUUGCUGGUUUGCCGGGGUUUAAAAUAGGUUGUUUUCACAUUGCCUGAUUGAUGCCCUUUUAUAGAACCACAAAGCACAGGAUAGAACCUUGCAGUUGGCGGGUAAGCCAAGGGCAACCAUUAUGGACUACAAGGAUAGCAGGAUUUUCACCCCAUGUCUCCUUUCCCAAAGGGCCACCAUGUCACAUCCAAGGUGCACAUACACUAUAGAAUGAAUGCAGUUUGAUGGCACUUGAACAGUCAUGGCUCAGUGCUAUGGAAUCCUGGGAUUUCUAGGGUUUUCUGGUAGAAAAGGCUAAAGAGUUUGUAAAACUACAAUCCUAGGAGUCCAUAGCAUUAAGCCAGGGCCGUUCAAGUGGUGUCAAACUGCAUUCAUUCCCGAGUAUAGAUGCACCCUAAGGCCUACCAAAAAGGUUGUUUUGCUUUUUGGAUGCCAUGUUGGCUCCUUUUCAGUUGUUUCCUUAGCAUUUUGAGGGUGGGGCUCGAGGCUUCCUGAGGUAGGGAACCUAUACUGACACAUUUGCCACAUUGGGGAUGAAAAAAACCCAAUGAUGAAUGGAUGUUUUAAAAAAUUCCUUUGGGAGCAGUAAGAGUUCAGGGACUACAUACUUGUGGUUCAGGGGCCACAUUUUUCUCACUCUAGUUUAUAGCUUGUUUAGAAUUUUUUUACUCCUAAAUUCUGAGCAUUUUCCCAGUUUAUUUUACCCCAACAUCUCAACAGUGGCAUGUAAAGUGGCUACACGUUUUUAAUAUUAGGAAAUAGAGAACAAUUCCCUUAUCCACAGACUUCUCAAACAUCUUUAUGGUCCUCUGUAGGUUCUCCAGUACAAUUCUAUGAUAUGUCUGCAGCCCAGAUAAAUGGAGAUAUAGGGUGCACCAUGAUCCGUGGUUUUAGGUUUCUCCCAUCAUGUUCUACUGUUGGACUGUCAGGAAGUUCUUCCUAAUGUGUGGCUGGAAUCCCAAACCUUCAGUCCGCUGGUUAAUGGUCUAACAGAAAGCAUGUUUGCUCCAUCACCUAUAUUACAGCCUUUGAGACAUAUUAAUGUAUUUAUUUAUUUACAGCAUUUAUAUUCCGCCCUUCUCACCCCGAAGGGGACUCAGGACGGAUCACAUUACUCAUAUAGGCAAACAUUCAAUGCCUUUUAACAUAGAACAAAGACAAGACAAACAUAGGCUCCGAGCGGGCCUUGAACUCAUGACCUCCUGGUCAGAGUGAUUCAUUGCAGCUGGUUUCAGCUGGCUUGCUCUCCAGCCUGCGCCACAGCCCGGGCCUGGAUAAACUUCCAUAUCCAUGGUCAAUAUGUUCCUGAACUUAGUUUGGAUACAAGAAGCCAUGGAUCAAAAUGAGCCCUAUUGAAAUGAAGGGUUUCUCAUCCAAAAAUACCAUAAAGUUGCACUGGAGGACCUAGAAAAUGCUUUCAUUGGAUGUGGACAAAAAAACCUAUGGUUACAGGUCCCAUGGAUACUAUAUUAAAUGAUAACUGUUGUAUCACCUCUCAAUGACAAAACAUGGUGAAGACAGCUGUGUAUGAUAGAUGCCUUAUUUGUUUAUAUGAUCUUAUGGAAGGAACCAAUAUGAGGAAUGGAACCUCCUCACAAAGCCCCAAUCCAUUCCUAUUUCCCCAACUUCUAUAAUAUUGUGCUGAGCAAAUUGGGGGAAGUUUCUAAAUUGCAGAUCAGCAGACACCCACUUGUUCCAGGGCACUUCACCCCAUAACUCAAGAAGAACCGUAGAGGUUCCUCACCCACCAUGAGAUCUUCUGUUCAUCCUCUUUACUUGCCCAUUUCCCCAGAUCUUAGGUUACUCAAAGAACUUAACCAAUCCUACUACUAUUAAGUUGUUUACCAUUCACUUUUGAGAAGAAGAAUGCAUUCCAGGUGGCUGGGAAGAUGAAGAACCGGGUUGAGUCUGUUUUCCAUUUGUUCCACCAGCAUCUUCCUGGUUUUGCCCUUAAGUAACCUGGCUGGGCGGAUGUGCAAAAGAGAGAGGGGGGAUUUGCAAUGCAAAUUUGGACAAAGAACUACCUUUGUGCUUGUCUUUCUUGUCUCUUGAGUUAGCAAGUUCUUUGUCCCUUGCUCCCAAAGUCACCUCUGAAUGAGAAGACGCAAACAUAAGUCUUUGGAUAUCAUCCCUGCCAUCUCCUUGUCUAUUUAUAUUUUCAAAUUAAAAGUGUUUUAAAAUAAAAA